CUUCGUGGUUUCAUUGGCACAGCUGAUUAGUGAUUACGUUCUCUGUGUGCAUAUUGCUAGUGAAAUUUUGCGUUUCUUUAAUGUGGUUAAAAUGAAAAUAUGAUCGUUUCGUUCUUUGGCCUCGUUGCCUUUUUAUAGGAAAGUCUUCUUAAGAAAUCUCAUGGAUUUAGUGUGAAGUGGAAAUCUUUGUUAUACUUCUAAUCAUCAAAAAGCUAAAUUUAUUAAGACAAUUAUCUACUUGAAAAUGCAUUCACCUUCUUCCCAAAUACUUAUGCGUAAAGGAAAAAGAGGGGCUGCCGUUUAUGUACAGUCUGAAUGUAGUAGGACAACAGAUCCCCAACAUCUUAAAGAAUUACUUAGUACACUAUUGAAUCCCCAAAAGCCCAUAGAAGAAUUAGAAACUGUGGACUGGAUAAAAUGGCUGAUUGCUGGUGGUAAAACUCCUGUAGAGUUUGCAUCAAUUGUGAGAAGAUAUGACAAUGGCACAACAUGUGGCCUUGUUUGGACAGCAAACUUUGUUGCUUAUCGCUGCAGGACAUGUGGAAUCUCCCCUUGCAUGUCACUAUGCGCAGAAUGUUUUCAAAAGGGAAACCAUGAGGGGCAUGAUUUUAACAUGUUCAGGUCACAAGCUGGUGGUGCAUGUGAUUGUGGUGACACUAGUGUUAUGAAAGAAGCAGGGUUUUGUGAACGUCAUGGACCUCGGGCCCAUGUCGGGAAACCAAUUCUGCCACCUGAACUGCUUGCUGUUUCACAGGCUGUAAUGCCAUUAAUUAUCCUAAGGUUAAUUCAGCAUUUGAGGUCCCAUAGCAUCCCUGAUAUUUUGGAAGAUCAGCUUCAAUCAGUUCAAGACGCUGACUGCUUUAUCACAAUGCUGCAUGAUUAUAGUGGAAUGGGAGCAGCCAUGAGACAUGUCAUGACAUCGGCGCUAAUUAAUCCACAGCUUUAUGCUCAGCUAACUGAGAUACCUUCUGGUGAUUCAGAAUAUGCUCAGUUUAUGAAAGAGGCACAGAGGAUGUAUGAAAAGUCUCUGGAAAGUCUUCCUGGUCCUGAACCACCAGAUGAGUAUAAAGCAUAUCCUGCGCUUCAAGAUUCCCUCGUUCAUCGCACUUUUCUAGAAGAAUUGGUGUUUUGGACUGUGAAAUUUGAGUUCCCUCAAAAGCUAGUAUGUCUUUUGUUGAAUAUGUUACCUGAUCCAGAUUACAAGGAAGCAUUUACUCGUGCCUUUGUGCUACAUUACGCACGGAUAUCUCGCCUAUUGGUGGGAUCGUCUGAUCCUGACACACUUAGUAAUCGUGUUGUUCAUGUCAGCGUUCAGCUGUUCAGUAAUGAAGAAUUGGCUACAAAAAUGGCCGAGGAGCUACAUCUGUUGCAUGUUAUGGUUGUCUCGUUACGAGACAUGAUGAGCAAAAUCCUCGUACCUAGCACUUUGCAAGAUGCCAAGAAAAACUUUCAUUUUGUGGUGGAUUGUUCCAAGCAUGUCAUGCGAGAUCAUUGCUACUGGCCGCUCGUUUCCGAUUUGAGCAAUUUAUUGUCCCAUCGACCAGUGGCUUUGCUGUUCCUUUCGGAUGAUAGUUUGUUGGAAAUGUGGUUUUCGUUCCUCAGUAUGUUUCAAGGAAUGAAUGUAAACCAGCGAGAGUUGAGUACCCAUGUGGAAUUUGAACCAAAUACUUAUUAUGCAGCCUUUUCAGCUGAACUAGAAGCUCCUGCCUCUGCAAUGUGGGCAUUGGCUAUUCAUUUGCGCGAUACGGGCUCCAUUCAUCUUACCAAAAUGUUGUUAAAGCAUUGUUUGUCUGCCUUGGAAGAAUGGCUUGAAGCUAUCAAUUUUAAAUCUCCUGAGCAGACGGAUCCGUAUCAAGUUAGCUUUCACAUCCCCCUUCAUCGUUAUCUAGCUGCUUUCACAUGCCAAGCUGUUCGGGCGCAAGGAAUACUUUUGAAAGAUGCAUUACCCCCCACCAGCCUCCUUCAAUUGAUUAUGAUGCAUCCCCUGCGCAUUCAGGCUGCAUUCUAUGAAAUUCUGUCUGGCCUUUGGGUACGAAAUGGAUUGCAAAUUAAAGGACAAGCGAUGUCUUACAUCCAAUGCCAUUUUGGGAAUUCUAUGGUUGACGCCGAUAUUUAUCUCCUUCAAAUAUGUGCUACACAGUUGUCGCCUACGUUCGUCUUGCCAAUCAUUUUCGAAAGAUUUCAUGCCAUGGAACUCCUUUCCAUGAACCCUUUGCUGAAGUCAAAUUUUUUAGAAGGAGAACAAGAAGCCGCAAUGUUGGAAAGUUGUCUUACGUUCAUUGCCAGCCUCAUGUCUAUUCGAACCAACAUAGGUGCAAAUGAGUCUGACCUUGAUCGGUUAGAAAUGGUAUCUCUCUUGUGUAUGAGUGACCGUACACACAGCCAGCUAAUGGAAUUGCUACCCGAGAAAUGCGGUGCACCGCAGAACAAAGAUUUUGACGCGAUUCUUGCACAGGUUGCUGACUAUAAGGCACCCAAUUUUGAAGCGAGUGGAUCCAUGCAACAAGGAAUGUACGUGCCUAAAGCUGUUGUAUGGGAAAAAUUGUAUGAUCCUAUUUAUGUACUGCUCCGAGCCGUUCACCGAAGAGAUUUUCAGACAUCAAUGGAUCGGUUUACUCAGUAUGUUCGACAGAGCGGCCUGUACCCCAGUUAUUCGUCUGGUACUCUGUGGCCACCUUUUCGUCUACCUAUUGCGACGCAUCCAAAUUACGAGGAUCCUCGCAAGCUUCUUUUGUCGAGGACCUUCCACGCAAUGCUAUUCGUCUUGCUGUAUAAGGCCAUUAAUGCCCCAACUCUCGUGAGCGAGCAAUCUCUAGCUUUAGUGAUAUAUCUAUUGGAUAUGGCCGUGUCUUUGGUUCAUCAGUCGACAACGCAAGGAAAUGAGGUUUGCAUUCGGGAACCCAUUGUCCAUCUACUUGAUGAUCGCGUCGACCUUCAACUUAGUGAAUGGUUUUCUACCGAUAACUUGGCCGAGAACGUGAUCACUGUUGUUAACAACGUGACGUUAGCUACUUCGACAGCAGUUGUCGCCAAUAGCACUGAAGCUGCAGAACUGGAUUUAGAAUCCUCGGCGUCCUCCGCUUCUUCAACUUCGGAAGGAGAGUCGAGUGAUCAGGACAUGGAUUUGGAUGUCCCUGAAGCGACCGGAGGAAAUGUUUUGCUUGCUUUACCGGAAACAGAUUCUCUAGCCUUGGUACCAGUUGCUUCAAACAGACCUGUAGUAUCCUCGGACGUGGCCGCAAUGUCAGUGUAUCGAAACCCAAGCCGUAUAGGCAACUCAUCUCACUUCCGGGUUAUGCCUGCUUUGUCGGCCGUCAACCAGGCAAGCAUGGUCAUAGCUGGAGCCAUUUCCCCAACUCCUGCCCUGCCCCAGCUACCGUAUUCCAAUAUCCGCGCCAUCACCGCUGGAAACGAAGUCACCAAGUACACCAACCAAAUUUCAGUCGACUCCAACUUAUCUGACACCUCGCCUGGCAUGUCCACUAUACAAUACGACGAAGGGCCGGAAAGUGAUAACCAACACGAGCGCCUGUGUGUCCGCGAAUCUAUAAUCUCUCUUUUGCUACGGCUUCAUUCGUCCUUCAAUGGCCAUAGUGAUAGCUAUCGUCUUCCUGAAUCUCUGAGCCAAGAUAAUGAUGCGCGCCCUACAGUCGAUGAGGAUGGCCGAAUCGGUAACGGCUCUUUUUGGAUUGGGAAAGUUCUCGAUAAACUGAGUCGGAUAGAUCCGCGAGUCAGGCAGUCAAUUAUCUCUACGAAGCAAACGUUAUGGCCGCCUCGCACCGCUGAAGAUUGCCUGCCCAGUGAAACGGCCGACGAACUGAGAGAGAAGGAGAAGAAAAGGAGAAUUAAGGAGAGGCAACAGCGUCUUCUUCAGGAAUUUGCAACUAAGCAGAAACAAUUUAUGCAGCAAGCUAUGGCUGCCGAAGAUGUCGAAAUGGAUCUGGAGGCAAAUUCGAUGGGUUCUUCGUCUUCCAAUGCCCCUUCCUCCGAGGCUGCCGCCUGCCAAUCAUCGGGAUCAUCGGUAUCGAUUCCGAAGCCGUCUUCCACUGCGGACUCGUUUAACAUGCAUUCGUCGUAUCCAACAACGAAUGAGGGAGGUAGCUCCGAAGAAUAUGAUUGUGUCAUCUGCAACCAGGCGUCGCCGAGCACAUCCGAGCGUCCCAUGUGCCUAGUUGUCUUGCUGCAGGCGACAAGUGUCUUGGCUCACAAGCGCUCCUGGCCGUGCGGAUCGAGUCUGGCGUUGCCCGUCUGCGAAGAAGAUCGCUUCAACCUGGACAAGGUGGACUCCCUGCACGUUGAAAUGAGCCGACGAGUGGAGAAUUUACGCCAACACUUUGACGAAAGCUCAUGGCUGGCAUGCCUCAACAUAGGCUACGAAGGAGGUGUCUACGUUCACACGUGUGGCCAUUAUUUGCAUCUCGAUUGUCAUAAACAGUAUCUGCAAUCGCUGAGGUCGCAACAAAGGCAACAGAGUCUCAACGUCGAGAGGGGCGAAUACUCGUGUCCCCUUUGCAGGCAGUUAGCCAAUUCGGCUCUACCUAUUGCCACGAAGCUUUACGGUAGUAGCCGAGGGCGACCUCACAAAGCAGUCGGCGUCGUCUCGUGUCUCACUCAAGCCAGUGAAGAAGUGAAGAAUAUGUUUGCCAGUGAACCUUCGAUAUCGCCGCAUCUUGGAUCGAACCUGAUGGAGGCCAUGGGGCGGGUGAUGGAAGACAUGACAAACGCGACCUUUUCGCACUUUAGACAAAUCACCUCAACACCUAGUCCAGCUAGUCUCUUCCUCUUUGUCCAGUCGUUAGCACGAACCAAUUUGGAAAUCGAAUUGAUGCAAAGAGGAGACUCGAUUAUUCAAAGUUCAGGGCUGGUCGCUGGUUCGUCUGGAUCGGGCUGCGCAUCACUAUCCAGCGCAGCUUCGAAUAUGAAUGCUCAAGCGAUGGGCGAGACGAGCCCGACGCCCGGUGCGUCUAGCGCCAGCUGGAUCAGCCCUGGCUUGGAGCUGCGAUUCUCCUCAUCGCCAACGCCUGGCGCUUCCAGCAUGGGUUCGUCUUCCCAAAGUGUCUCCCACUCAACUUCGCCUUGGUCUCUGCUACCGAAAAGAUCGUGCUUACUACCUUUGCUUCACGUUUUGGCGACGCACAGCAAAAUACUGAACACCCGAUCCUACCAACACACUUGGUCGCGGAUAGCUGGGAUCGACAGCGCUGAAACGUUCAGCCAUAGCUUAGCGCGCACAACUGAAAUGGAAGUGCCGCUGCUCAUACAAGACGUCCCAUGCCUUCUUAUUCAGAUGGUCUUGGUACUUCCGCUUCCCGUCGAGCGGCGACAUUUCGUUUGCCUAGUGCAACGGCUCUUCAAUCUGACCAUGGUUCAAAUCGUCAUGCAGCUGAGUUGCCGUUUAGGUGAGAAAAAGAGGAAGGCGUACAAGUCGCUGUCCUUGAGCGACUGGAAUGUUGCUGCACUCAUGUCGUUCAUCAUCAGCAAGAUGGAAGAUGUCCACCUCUACAGGGACGAGGAAACCGACAUUGAGUUCAACGACAAUACGGUGUUGAAUGUCGAGGGCGACAUCCAGCAGCCGUUAUACAAAAUGGCUCUACAUUUCCUUCGCAUCGCAUGCUUAUUGCAGUUUCACUUGUUUGGCGAUUCGCUUCCCACGUCGGGGAUCAGUCACACUGAUCACGAGGAGUUCGUCGAACUUUGUUCUUACUUGAACAUCAAUUAUGAAAUGAAAAUCGACACCUGCUUAGCGCCAAACGCCGUUAUUGGUUAUUGGUGCCACGAAUUUCGCGGUUUCCUCGCCAAUUCCAGGAGCAUAUUGGCGGCCACUGACCUGCUGAUGCAACAUCGUCAAUGGAGAGGACCGCGGCUUCUGACGCUUCCGAAUUCUUACGAUACCCUUUUCAAGUUCUAUCAUCACAAAUCAUGCUCGCAAUGCAAUUCUGUCCCGAAGGAGCCUAGUCUUUGUCUGGUCUGCGGAGCCCUUGUCUGUCUUCGAGAGAAUUGUUGCAAGGAGGAAAAUAUCCACGAAGCUGUGCAGCAUUCGAUUGACUGUGGAGCAGGGACAGCCAUCUUUCUUGCUGUUAAUAGCUCAACCAUCAUCGUAAUCCGCGGAAAACGAGCUUGUCUUUGGGGUUCUGUUUAUUUGGACGCAUUUGGAGAAGAAGAUCGCGAGCUCAAGCGCGGAAAACCUCUUUAUUUAAGCAAAGAACGUUACGCUUUGCUCCAAAGCCAAUGGUUAUCCCAUCGAUUUGAUCAUACCAACAAGAAAUGGAUUUGGCAUCGCGAUGUAUUGUAAAGUGAAAUAGGUUACUCUUCACUGAAAGUCUUUGGAUUGUCAUGAUACACUGUUGCGGACACUUAUUUAAUGUGCUGAGUGAGUUAUUUAUAUCGCCUCUUAAUUUUGUAACCAAACUACUUGUACUGUAGAUACAACCACCAUUAACACAGUUUCUCUUCCACGCUUUAAAUGGUUGUGUUGAGCUUAUUGUUUUUCUUUCAUCUUGAAGUAUACAGCAUGUUGUAAGCAGUUGGGAUCUAACGAUAUCGCUAUUGGCCUGAGGAAAAUCCGACAGUACUUAAAAUUUGACUACCCUUGAGGUUAUCGUUGAAAUGUUGUGGAACGGAGCUAGCCGUUCUUGGCCUAUGACAUUCAUAUCACAAUUUAUGGCUUCUCGUAAUAUGGUUUCUCAAUGCAGCAGUUUUGGGGUGCGCAAGUUCAAAUAUCGAACCGUUCAACUUCAGACUGUCGCUUGCUGAGUAGACGUUAUUCAGCCAACUGAAGUUACACAUUACCCAAUGCUUUGCUGGCUCGCACAUCAAUGUUAAGCCUUCAAUUUUAGAUUAAAUUUUACCCACAAUUCUGAUAUCAGUUUAUUAUACAAGCCGCAGCUAGCCUUUUUUCGUCUACCUUUUUUUUUUUGGUUUGCGUUGCAUUUCUGUGAAGCUAUCGACAUUUUUGUACCUUAACAAUACCCAACAGAAAAAAUUGAACAUCGCUCGUGUUUUUCGAGAUCUUACCAUCAUGUCGUGUGGCACUACGUCCUUCCAAGUUUGUCUAUUUACCUAAUGGGGUAUCCGAAGUUGUUGGAUUAAAAUAAAAUCAGGGUUAUUCCUCAUAGUUUAAUUUGCAAUGUUCAGUUACGAGGGCAAUACAAUGCGUUCACGGGCGUAUGAGAUGUGUUAACUUGGUUUAUCAUUUUCCCUGUACUCGGCAAGAUAAAGAGCCCGUUUUCGAAAAUAAAUAAAAUUUUCAACAUCUCUGUGGUGUUGAUAAAGGCAUAAGUCUCCUCGAGAUAUGUUGCCCAUAUAUUAUUCUAAGAAACAGCAUAAUGCGGUGCCUAAAAAAAAACUAGAGAAGCAGCGAACUUAAGCUAAUUCCAAAGAAAAAAAUUCGUUCGAAGAAUGAACACCUUAUUUAUUUAUUUUUCAUGCAAAAAAAAAAAAAAACAGGAAAAAUUGUUGGAAAACCAGAACCAAUGACGUUUGAUUGGUAAUGUUCCUGUUGUUUCUUUGAACCAAUUUGUUUCAACAUCAAAUGUCACUUCGUUGUCCAUUCUAUUUUAUUUCCAGGCUCGGCGUGAUGUGUUGUGGGGUUUAGUAGAUUGCCCUAGCAGUGCAAAAUAAAAAAAAAGCGAGGGAAAACGGAAAUGACUGAUUUAAUUGGAACUGGUCACGCUCGUAAACGCAUUCUUCACCAAAGCAUUCCUCGUACGAUUUUCAAUAAUAAAUCUGAAUUUUAUUUUAAUCCAACGAACAAUGUGGUAGAAUGAAAAUAAACUAUGGUGGAAAGUGAUGCCAGUGGGAUCUAUGAAAAAACACGAAAAAAACAAAUUGGGACUAGUUCAAUUCUUCUGAUGAGUAUUGUAGGUUACAUACAAUGACAAGCAAAUGAACGGACUGCUCCAUGACUACCUAGCUUUGUGUAUAAUAUGUCUACAUCUGUCAAAUGUUUGCCUUAAGUUCCUUGAAAUCAUGAUUAUGCGCUUCCAUGGUUUAUUGUUUGCAUGAAUACAAUGUGUAAACUCCAUACCAAUAAAGAAUUUUGACAAAUUA